AUGGAAGCGACAAAUCUGGCUCUCUCGCCACGGGAAUCCCUGAAGCCUCGGUCCGAACACAAAGCCAUGCAGUUAACCAGCAAACCCAACCAGGUCAGCUCGGUGCUCCUAUACGGGGUACCUAUCGUAGCACUAGUUAUCGAAGGGGUCGAACGACUCUGUCUGGCCCAAAUAUCUAAUACACUGCUAAAGCAGUUCUCCUACAACGAGAUUCAUAACCGGCGGGUGGCCUUGGGCAUCACCUGCGUGCAAUGCACACCUGUACAGCUGGAGAUCUUGAGGAGAGCUGGGGCUAUGCCUGUAUCUUCCAGACGUUGUGGUAUGAUUACUCGUCGUGAAGCGGAACGCCUAUGCAAGUCUUUUUUGGGAGAUAACGCCCCUCCGCGGUUGCCUGACGACUUCGCAUUUGCUGUUCAUCAUGAGUGCGCUUGGGGAUGUCGAGGAGCUUUCUUGCCAGCGAGGUACAAUUCAUCUAGAGCAAAAUGCAUCAAGUGCGCGUACUGCGGCCUCUUUUUCUCGCCCAACAAAUUCAUCUUCCACUCGCACCGCGUCGGUCCUGGUGACAAGUACGUGCAGCCCGAUGCUGCCAACUUCAACUCUUGGCGACGGCACAUGAAGCUUAGUGGGACGCCCCCUGAGGAAGUCGUCCAUGCUUGGGAAGACGUGAAGGCUAUGUUUAACGGUGGAACCAGGAAGAGAAUGUUAUCUGCUGCUCGAAGAGUCCCGCUCCGCAGGCCGGAACCGGAGCCCGUAGAGGCCAAAAGACAGGCAGCUAGCCCGCCGACGGCCCAUGCCCCCGUUCCACGACUGGCUGACUACGUAUGGGGGGCACGGUUGCCUCUACCUUACGCUAUACCUUGGCUGAAACCUUCGUUAUGGACACCAGGUGCUCUGUCAGCGCUGAGUGGCGUGAGCGCUAUUGAGGAACCCAGGGCGUUCAGGCCGGUCCGGGGGAGGCUUGAAUCCCCACAGCUGUCUCCCGUCAUGACUGUUUCACGAUCGCCCACCAGGUCACCAAUAGCCACACCACCGCGACAAAGCCGCACGCCGACCCGCUCCCCGCUCCGAUCGCCUAUCCGCUUAUCGCCCCGCUCGCCACUCCGCUCGUCACUCCGCUCAUCGCCCGCUCGUUCGACGAAGAGUGACCGCGACAGCGACGAGAGCGUCGAUAUUGAAACUACCGAGGAAGACCAGCCUAAGGAAGUGGCAUGUUCCUGGCCGUGUCGCGACGCUGUCCCAAGACGCGAGGAGUCAUGUUGGAGCGCACUGGUGCCCAAGGUUGAACUUGAGGACCAACGUGAACCCUGGCGCCUACCUGACCUGCAGCCGCCACUGCACUAUAUGCACCCACGAGAAAGAGACGGCUGUGCUGCUUGCGUUGCUCCUUUGCCGCUGCUCCCGCCUCCAGCCCCGGCGCCUCAUUAACCAAAAUCAUCAUUGUAUAAUAAAAAUACCAACCAAACAAAACUUGAUGUAAAAAGUUUAGCACAAAGAAGCAAUAAAUUGUAAUAGUACACGUAUGAUACCAAUAGAUGGCGCUAUGGUGCUCGUCUGAAGUUCAGAUUUGGUGUUGUCAUAUUACAUCAUUAAAGCGUUAACUACACGGCAAGACUUUGAUAUUAAGGGACCAUUUGUUAGCGAACAUUG